UUUAAUAUGGAAGAUAGACUUGAAGGAGAUUAUGCUACAGCCGGAUGCAGCACAUUCAGCUCUAUCAUUUGCUAGUAAUACACCAAAUAUAUUCAGCAGUCAGACCACAAUAAGUCAUGAACGUAAUGAACAAACUUUUACACAAGCUGGUGUAUAUAGAGGUGUACUCGUGGCGUUAAAACUCGUUAAAAAGAAGAAAAAUGUCGAUCUAUCACGAGAAGUUAAAAUGGAAUUAAAACAGAUGCGUGAUUUACGUCACGAUAAUUUAACAGAGUUUAUUGGUGCGUGUAUAGAGUCACAUGAAAUCUAUAUUGUUACAGAAUAUUGCCCUAAAGGGAGUUUAGAGGAUAUAUUAGAGAACGAUGAUGUCAAGUUAGACAGUAUGUUUAUAGCUUCUAUAAUAGCUGAUAUCUUAAAGGGGAUGAUUUAUCUACAUAUGAGUGUUAUAAGAUCACACGGUAAUCUAAAGUCUUCUAACUGUUUAGUUGACAGUCGGUGGGUUGUAAAAAUAACAGAUUUUGGUUUGACUAAGUUUCAGUGUGGUCAGGAAAUACCUUAUCAUGGCGAGCACGCUUUCUAUAAACGGUAUCUUUGGACAUCUCCUGAGUUGCUGAGACUAGAUAAAGUUUUGUUGGGUGGAACGCAGAAAGGAGAUGUUUAUUCGUUUGGUAUUUUACUGUAUGAAAUAUUAUCACGAUCUGGUCCGUUUGGUAACAGUCUUUUUACACCAAAAGAAAUAAUUGAAAGGGUUAAAGCGGGACCAGAAAAUGGGGUAUAUUUUCGACCUAGUUUAUCUCAGUUAGAUACAGAAGCUUAUAUACUGGAAGUAAUGAGAGACUGUUGGUUGGAAGAUCCUGAAAUGAGACCAGAUAUGAAGACGUGUAGAAAAAGGCUUCGACCCAUGCAGAAAGGAUUGAAAUCGAAUAUAUUUGAUAAUAUGAUGAUAAUGAUGGAGAAAUAUGCCAAUAAUUUAGAAACGAUUGUAGCAGAAAGAACUGUAGAACUAGCAGAGGAGAAGAAAAAGACGGAAACUUUACUACAUAGUAUGUUGCCAAGAUCUGUUGCUGCUCAGUUAGUACGAGGUCGGUCAGUGGUGCCAGAAGAUUUUGAUUCCGUAACAAUAUAUUUUAGUGAUAUUUGUGGUUUUACCGCCAUGUCUGCUAAAAGUACUCCAUUCCAGGUUGUUGAUCUAUUGAAUGAUCUGUAUACACUCUUUGAUUCUAUAAUCAAGAAUUACGAUGUCUAUAAGGUAGAGACUAUAGGAGAUGCUUACAUGGUCGUCAGUGGAUUACCCAAUCGUAACGGAUUAAACCAUGCUGGAGAAAUAGCAUCCAUGUCCCUACAUCUUUUAUCAUCUAUAAAACAGUUUAAAAUUCGUCAUAUGCCAAAUGAGAUUAUCAAAUUAAGAAUUGGAUUACAUUCAGGCCCAGUAGUAACCGGGGUUGUAGGUUUAACUAUGCCCAGGUAUUGUCUAUUUGGUGAUACGGUCAAUACAGCUUCCAGAAUGGAAUCCAAUGGAGAACCUUUAAAGAUUCACACUAGUGAACAAUGUAAAGAAAUACUGGAUGAAUUAGGUGGUUAUGUUCUUGAAGGCAGGGGUUUAGUAGCAAUGAAGGGCAAGGGAGAAGUUAAUACGUAUUGGUUGGUGGAUGAAGAUGAAACGGUGCGUGAAAUACGCCUGAGUAAUUCCACAGAUAGUGGAGUCAACCUUGACCUUUCUUCUACUGUAUUACCGGACCUUGAUAGAAAUAUUCCUAAAUUAAGGUCUAGUCUCAAACAUAUCUCACAUCUCAAUAUGAAUACAGCUAUGCGUUCAUCGGGAAUAUUUGACAGAAAAGCGUCACCCCGGACCAGUAAUAACGAGUUCGAUAAUUUGCGAGUUUCAUCUUCGGUCGAAACAUCUAACGGAGAAACUGUUGUUCGCCCUCCAGCACUUUCGGACGUUGGCUUAUGUAAUGGCUACACAAAUAACAAUUUUAUUAUGAACGGCUCACUCAGGAGGUCAAAGAGUAUUAAAAAUGGAAAUCUGAACAUGGUUGAACCGGGGAAAAAUGCCAAUUCAAAAACAUCAUUACGGACAGGGUUGUUCCAGGUCAACAAGGUUCAUCCCGAAUCUAACGAUUCUAAUAACUUUCUAGUGGUCCGAGACCGUACAGACAGCAAUGGGUCGCAGCAUUCCAAACCCAACACAGUGACUUUCUCAGAGAACUCGUUUGUUUAAUUGCGUAAUUUGUAUCAAACGGUUGCAAUAUGAACACGUUUGCUAUUAGAUAACUGAAGUACUGUUCACCUAUGAUCAGCAAUUCAGGUAUACUGAAAAUUGGAUUAAUUUUUAUUUCGUAUUUUGUGUUGUUUCAUUUACAUUGUUCAGUUUCGUAAUAUUUCAAUGGUUAUCACGUAGUUGGUACAGUAACAACUGUGCUUGCAGCUUGACUUAUUUUUUGUGAUUGACCAAGAUGGUAUUAUCAAACCGAACACAUUGUUUAGUUUCGUAAUAUUUCCAUGUUUAUCACAUAGUUGCAAUAGUAAUAAUCGUGAUUGCAGCUAGACUUACUGUUCGUGAUUAGAAUAUUGAAUAUCAUGAAUUACGAGCGUAUGUACAGUCAGAAUCAGUAUCAAUAGCAAUUUUGUUGUUGUCUAUAUCGGAGAGAAAAGACAAAGUACCAAACCCGCCACAUUGUUUAGUUUCGGGAUAUUUCUUGUUUAUCACAUAGUUGCUAUAGUAACAACUAUUCUUGUAGCUAGACUUAUUAUCUCUGAUUUGCAUAAUGACCGUGAAAGCAGUACCAAUUUGUAUUUUAUUUUUGUCGUUGCUUAAUUUGGAGAACAAUUCAAGGUGGUAGUACCAAACCCAAUCCAGUGUUUACUUUCGUAAAACAGUUCUAGCAACUGCUGUGAAAAACAAUCCCAAGAUGAAAUUGUGAAAUUCUACACUGCCGAAAAUGAAAUGGUGUUAUUCUUUCUACAAAACGUUCUGGAGACCAAUUGUUUCUUUGCAAAACUUGAAGCAUAAUAAAAUAGUGUUCAUAAGUAUUUUUAGUAUGUACAUAAUAUAUUAUCAACAUAAAGUGUUCAUUUGUUAAACAAGGGUAGUCAUAGCCCAUAUAGGUCGACUAUACAUAAUUAUAAAAACCCUUUCAUAAAUAUAAUAAUAAUUUUGUAUUUUGCUGAUGCCGUCAAAUGUUGUGCCCAUCUUAUUAUUGCCUUGGCCCUUCAGUUAAAUGUUUUGAUAACAUAGGUAUGUGCAUAACCUUUUUGUGAUAUUGUAAUAGUUGUUUUUCUAAAAUUAAUAUCAGCCCAUAUGGUUCAAUUCCCUUCAGUAUGUUACAAAGACAUACUAAAUAUAAAUUUUCGCAACAUUCAGCAGGCAUUGCAGAAAAUAUAAAGAAGUUGGCGCCACCUAUAUGUGUUGGAUAACAUUUUGAAAAUCAGGUUGUCAAUGGGUAUUUGUGGUGAAUAUAUAGAACUCGAAUAUGACAAUAAAUUUCACCAGCUACAACCCUACUAUACCACAACCAACAAAAAGCUCAAAUUCACCUUAAUAUAUAAUAAGUGAAUAUUUUAUACUGUCAUGGAGAGGAUGGGGGGGGGGGGCUGCUGGUACCUGGAUCCACAAUUGUCUGACAUAAAGAGAGUGGGGCAGGGGGUGAGGGGUAACUAGGUCAUUUCGGGAUUGUCAUAUGUCAAUAGCCGGAGAAAUCCCACAAAGUUGAACAUUUCCGGAUUAUCAUAUUUCAAUACCCGGAGAAAUCCCACAAAGUUGAACAUGCGAUCCUAUACCUUGACUCGCUGCCAGACCUUAAACCAUUCGGCCACCCAGCCCCCCCCCCCACAUGAUACUUGAUUUGAUUUCAAACCUGUCCACUCUCAGGUUGGGUUAUUUAGCACCGCGAUUUAGUUACGUGGUUUAAAUUAGGUAGAUUUUCUUCUGCUGCAUUCGAGAUGUAAUUCCACUGAUAGCGAAGUAAAUGAGGUUGUUCCGAUUGAACAAAAACCUUUUUGCGUAUAAUUGUCUCAUUUGUCUUUUGUGAAUGUAAUUAUUAUAAGUUAUUUCAUGAUUAUUUUAUCAAUAAGUAUUUUAUU